AUGAAUACGUCAAGGAAAGACUGGUCAAAGAGGCUAGAUAACUCCUUAUGGGCAUAUAGAACUGCUUUCAAAACACCCAUAGGGAUGUCACCAUAUCGCUUGGUAUUUGGGAAGGCUUGUCAUCUUUCUGUGGAGCUUGAACAUAGGGCAUAUUGGGCUGUGGAAAAGCUAAAUGUGGAUUUGUAUAAAGCUGGAGAGUUAGAUGAGUUUCGCAACGAGGCUUAUGAGAAUGGAAAAAUAUAUAAGGUGAAGACGAAGGCUUUCCAUGACAAGUGUCUCUUGCGUAAAGACUUUCAACCGAGGGAUAAAGUGCUUUUAUACAAUUCAAUGUUGAAAUUUUUUCCAGGCAAGUUAAAAUCAAGGUGGUCGGGACCUUUUACAGUAGUGGUAGCGCUUCCAUAUGGUGCAGUGCAAAUACAUAGCGAGAAGACUGAGAAUUUUAAGGUGAAUGGUCAACGGUUAAAGCACUACAUUGAGGUCCAAGUCAAAAUGGCCAAGUCUGUAAUGAUUCUAAGACCCAUUUGA